GGAAUUUCCGCCGACGUCACUGCGUAUGCCCAUAACAGGGCUGCAGCUGUCUGAGAGCAACAAUAACAAGCUCUACCCAACAACUUGAGCACGGCAUUAACGGUACCUGACAGCGCCAGAGAGCACCACAUUUCACAAAAUGCGGCUGUUGAAAGAACUCUGAACUCCAUUUGUUCGUCGUCCGAGUCGAAAAUCGGGUUAUCGCCGCGUCCACCGCCGCGAAACAAACGCGGAGAGUCGGCCGCAGGAACAGGGCAGUUCGGGGCUGCAUCUGGGUCAGUGGGCCUGUCGGCGGCUCUAGCGUUGGUUUUGUUAUCCCCGCAGUAUCCCGUUGCGCCUGUCAGUAGUUUAUAUAUAUAUAUACACCGUGCCACCUGCAUAAACCGUGGUACCAUGCAGGCUAACGGGACAGGACAGGACCGAGAUUCAGAACUGUCCUGCCGAAACGGGGCGCAGAACGGCGAGUCGUCCUCCACCGGGGUGGCUCACUCCAACGGACUUGUGUCAGUCAGCAACAAUGGAAACACUGUCAGCAACAACAACAACGGAGUGUCCGCCCAGAUAGCAUCCAACAACAGCAACAGCACGUCGGCUGCCAAGAAGAAGAAGCGGCUGUCUCAGUCUGAGGAGGAUGUCAUCCGCCUCAUAGGACAACAUCUACACGAUCUGGGUCUCAAUCAGACGGUGGACCUCCUGAUGCAGGAGUCUGGCUGCAGACUGGAGCACCCCUCUGCCACCAAGUUCCGCAAUCACGUCAUGGAAGGAGAGUGGGACAAGGCUGAGAGCGAUCUGAAUGAGCUGAAGGCAUUGAUGCAUUCUCCAAGUGCUAUAGUGCGGAUGAAGUUCCUACUGCUGCAGCAGAAGUAUCUGGAGUAUCUGGAAGAUGGAAAGGUCUUGGAGGCCCUGCAGGUCCUCAGAGCUGAGCUCACUCCUCUCAAGUACAACACGGAGCGUAUCCACAUCCUGAGCGGGUACCUGAUGUGUAGUCAUGCAGAAGACCUGCGAACCAAAGCGGAGUGGGAAGGCAAAGGCACAGCAUCCCGAACAAAACUCCUGGACAAGCUCCAGACAUACCUGCCUCCAUCAGUGAUGCUGCCUCCUCGCCGCCUGCAGACUCUGCUGAAGCAGGCAGUGGAGCUGCAGCGAGAGCGCUGCCUCUACCACAACACUAAGCUGGAUGGUGGACUGGACUCUGUGUCCCUGCUGCUGGACCAUGCAUGCAGCCGGAAGCAGUUCCCUUGCUACACUCAGCAGAUUCUUACUGAACACUGCAAUGAAGUCUGGUUCUGCAAGUUCUCCAACGACGGCACAAAACUGGCGACCGGCUCCAAAGACACCACAGUCAUUGUGUGGCACAUUGACAUGGAAACCCAGCAGCUGAAGUUGCUGAAGACUUUGGAGGGUCAUGCAUACGGUGUUUCAUACCUGGCAUGGAGCCCUGAUGACACCUAUCUCAUAGCCUGUGGUCCAGAUGACUGCUCUGAGAUGUGGCUGUGGAAUGUCCAGACAGGGGAGUUACGUACAAAGAUGAGUCAGUCUCAUGAGGAUAGCCUGACCAGCGUGGCAUGGAAUCCGGAUGGCAAACGCUUCGUCACCGGUGGCCAGAGAGGCCAGUUCUACCAGUGUGACUUGGAUGGAAACCUGCUGGACUCAUGGGAAGGAGUUCGGGUGCAAUGCCUGUGGUGUCUUAGUGACGGCCGGACCGUCUUGGCAUCAGACACCCACCAACGCAUCCGUGGCUACAACUUUGAAGACCUGACAGACAGAAACAUAGUGCAGGAGGACCAUCCCAUCAUGUCUUUCACUGUUUCCAAAAAUGGAAGGUUGGCUCUGCUCAAUGUUGCUACUCAGGGAGUGCACCUAUGGGACCUGCAGGACAGAGUGUUGGUGAGGAAGUACCAAGGGGUGACGCAGGGCUUCUACACCAUCCACUCCUGCUUUGGAGGGCACAAUGAAGACUUCAUCGCUAGUGGCAGUGAAGACCACAAAGUUUACAUCUGGCACCGACGCAGCGAGCUGCCCAUCGCAGAGCUGACUGGUCACACCCGCACUGUCAACUGUGUGAGCUGGAACCCUGUCCUGCCUGGACUGCUGGCCAGCGCCUCAGACGAUGGGACCGUCCGAAUCUGGGGGCCAGCCCCCUUCCUGGAAGUCCAGGAUGCGGAAGGGCUCAGUGAAUGUUGCAGCAUGGACAGCUGAUGAUGAGCUGCUGUGCCCUUGUUGAGCAUUAAGACUCUGUAGACACUUGAAUGGAUGAAGCAGGGAGUGUGUUGGUGAUGGGACAGCUGAUUCCAUGAGGUGGGCCCAGCAGUGCUGUGUGUGUCAGGAUGUCACACAUAUUGAUGUCAGACUCCAAGCCGGCCGGGUGAACCUGGGCUCCACAACCUCCAGCGUCUGACCAUUCUCCUCCUCCUGCCUGGACCUGUUCCCCAGUACCAUCCAGGACCACCCUCCUCCUCUUAUUUAUUAUUACUACUUAUUAUUUAUUCAUGAGUAGUUCACUGACUUGUGCUAGGCUGUGAUGUAGCAGCGUCCGUGGAGGGUGUGUGUGUUCUUAGGUGCUGCUCACAUGAAGAAGCUUCAACCUUUCUCCUCUUUCACCUGCUGAACCUUUGAAGAGAUUUGACCUACAGGAACAUUUGAUGGAUGUAUCUCCCACGUAAAGAGUAUCUUUUAAUGCAGAAUUCUACCUUAUCUUGUCUUUUUUUAAUGCAGGAUGCUUUUUUCCGCUCGAGCUCUCCUGCUUCUAGCCAGAGAAACACAAGUGUUUGAUGAGCAUGUCACAAAGGAUUGCACAGGACAACACAUUUGAUGGCUAAGUUGUGUUUUACACUUGUGCUAUCUACUCUGUCUGUCUGGUAGAGUAUGUUCUGUGGCUGGCUGUCUUCUGAGGAGCUGAUGUGUGUUUUAAAGAUAAUCUGUCACCCUUACCUCUGCAUAGAGAUUAUCUGAGUGUAGUUUCCUUCAUGCCGUUUUCUCUGCAGCCUGUUGCAGCCAUCCGUCCCCGUUUACAGGCAGCAGUCUUCAUAGGACUUUAUUUUGGUUUGAUUUAUUUAGUCUUUACAUGUUCUAAGUUUCAUUUAUCCCCGUGUGUGUUUGUUUGGUUUGCUGUAACAGUUAGAAGGAGAGUCCCAGUUCAACUCUGAACUCUAAAAGAUAAAGGUGGUCUUCUCUAUGUUUCAUAUUGUCAACAAAUCCUGUGAAAACAUCAGGCCUGAAACAGCUGCCAAAUGAACUCCAGUGUGUUUAAUGGAGCUCUGUGACACAGAGGCUGUGAUACACACACACUCAACAUGUUAGGACAACAAAGUGACCGAGUGUGUCCUGAACCAUCGGUGGAUAACACAUUUGUACAAGUGUAACAUAAAAUGAUUAUGAAGUGUUUCCUUUCAGAGUCACAAGAACAAUCUUGCCUGAUAUGAUGUUCUAUGUACCGUGCUGUAUAUUUGUAUGUUAUGGCAUGUAUUAUGACGCUGUACAAAUGUUUGCAGGGUUCCCACGCUGUUUCCUACAGCUUUCAGCCACUCUUUAACAACUGACUGCACUACUGUUGUAAUAUCAAGCAGCAAGUUUACAUUGACACCUGCUCACACAGAACAGUACAUUUCAGUCUGUAACAUUUUUGUGACAUUUUUCCAAACUGCUGCUCCGGGUUUUAUUUAUUAGAAUGAGAAUUAUUUUUCCAAAAGCAUUCUAGUCGUGGACAGUAACCGUACGACUGUCCAGACCGUGGGAACCCUGUCUAUCUGCCCAGACACCAUCACAGCCAUCACCAGCUUCAACUCUGCCAUCAUAGAACACACACACACACACACACACACACACACACACACACACUCACUAGUGGUUGACAACAGUAGAUGUCACACACACUUGAUUGAGUCACAGAUGUGGAUUUUCUUUAGUUUGAGUAUUUCAGGCUUCUUCUUUAUUCUUCUCGCUGUAAGAAGCCAAAGUAGGACCUUUUGUUUGCUUGCAGGCAGCUUCUGUCACAAACCAUUUGACAUUUUAAAUGUGUUAUUACAAAAAGUGAUUGUACUGUUCUGUAUUGUUCUGUAGGAGAAGUGUUAUGUAUGCAUAUUUUAAAUAAAGCAUUCAGGGUUUUAAAAUGUCA